UCCAAAAGUGUUUUUAACCUAAAUAUAAAAUAAAAAUCAAACGAGGACAAAUUAGAACAACUGUAAACUUAGAUAGAACUUUGUGCUAAAAGUGGUGUUUUGGAUCCUAGUUCAAAGCCUUCAAAAACCCCAUUCUCUGUGAGUAUCCUUUUUGGUCUUCAUUCAGAGUAACACAGACACAGCGGUUCCUAUAUAAACCCAACUCUGUGAUCGAUCACAAACCACCAAUUCUUCUGCUUUCUUCUGCCUCAUCUCCCUCCUUCCAAAUCCAGUCUUCAAACACAUGGGGCUGGGAGGCGAGAGUUCAGGCUCAUUUCCCACAGGGGAGAGUGCACAAGAGAAAGGCCUAAGCUAUGUCCCUAACGCUUAUGUGAUCCCAGCCCCGCACCGCUCUAGUUCGUCCCGGGAGACUGCCAUUAUUCCCAUCAUUGACAUGGCCUCUCUAAGAUCCACUGAUUCUGCACAAAGGUCACUAGCCAUUGAAGAGCUCAGAGAAGCUUGCAUUCGUCUAGGCUUCUUUCAGGUAAGUUUUAAUGCUUCUAUUCUUCAUUCUGAUCCUGAAAAGAUUUGUAUUACCUCUUUAACUUCAGUUUGUUUUGUUCAGAUAAUCAACCAUAGAAUCAAUGAAAGGGUGAUGGAGGAAGCGCUCGAGCAAGCCUACGAGUUCUUCGACUUGCCACUGAAAGAGAAGAUGAAGUACAAGUCAGAUGAUGUUAGCAGAGCAGUCAGGUAUGGGACAAGCUUGAAAGAUGGAGUAGACAAAAUAAAGUUUUGGAGAGUUUUCCUCAAACACUACGCUCAUCCAUUGGAAGAUUGGAUCCACUCGUGGCCCACCAGUCCACGUAGUUAUAGGGAAAAGAUGGGAACAUACACCAGGGAGGUGAGAAAAGUGGGCCUAGAAGUAAUGGAAGCCAUAACUGAAAGCUUGGGUUUGUGUCCAACAUACCUCAGCAGCAAAAUGGCUGAAGGAGUCCAGGUAGUGGCAGUAAACUGCUACCCGCCAUGUCCACAGCCGGAGGUUGCGCUCGGGUUGCCGCCGCAUACAGACUACAGUUGCAUAACCACAAUUCUUCAAAGCAGCGAGGGCCUUGAAAUCAUGGACAUGGCUGAUGGGACAUGGAAGCUAGUUCCAAACAUUGAUGGCGCUCUGCAAGUCCAUUUGGGUGACCAUGUGGAGGUUCUGAGCAAUGGUCUAUACAAGGGCGUUGUCCACAGAGCCACGGUCAAUUCUGAAAGCACAAGAAUCUCCAUUACCAGUCUGCACAGCUUGGGAAUGGACGAGAAAAUGAAGCCUGCAGAAGAGCUUGUGGAUCAACAAAACCCAAAGAAGUAUAAAGAGAGCAGCUUCAAUGAUUUUCUCAAAUUUCUCUCCAGCAAUGAUCUUGGGGAAGGCAAGAGCUUCAUCAACACACUCAAGAUCCAGGAGUAACAUUAUGAU